GUUUUUGACAACCGCUAUGGUGCAAAGAAUUGAUAAAGAGCUACUGCGCAAGCGCGCGGAACACAACGAUGGAGAACUAUCUUCAUUGAAGGAGGUCACCUUGCAUCAGUAUGAUAUAGAAAAGAUCGAGAACCUAGAUGUGUAUUGUAGACAUCUCGAGAUUCUAUUCUUGCAGAAUAACCAAAUUUCUAAAAUCGGUUGAGAAUCUUCACAAGUUAAAGGAACUCAAAUAUUUGCAGCUGGCGCUCAAUAACGUAUCAAAAAUAGAGAACCUUGAAGGAUGUGAGGCUUUAGAGAAACUGGACCUGACGGUCAACUUUGUGGAAGAUCCUCUGGACGUUGAGUGCUUGAAGGGCAAUGAGAUGCUACGUGAAUUAUUCCUGGUGGGAAACCCUUGUACUCAGAAGGAAGGAUAUCGGGAGUUUGUCAUUACUACGUUACCUCAACUCAAAAAUCUCGAUGGACGCGACAUCACAAGGUCGGAACGGAUCGAGGCAGCGCAAGUGUAUGAAAAUGUACGAAAACGGUUCAUCCGCGAACGUGAAGAAAGGACUGGAACGGUGUACGAGGCCAAGGUGGAAGCUGAGCCUGCUCCCCAAAAAGCAAAUGACCAUGAAAGUUCUAAGGCACAGUACAAUGAGAAUAGCACGAAUAGCUCUGAUUCUCUGAAUGAAGGUCGGAAUCCCACUCCAGCAUCCGGAGACAUUGAUGAGCUCGAAGAGAAGCGCUGGCGCUUUCAAAACGAGCCUGUCCCGCAUACACCCUCAGCUAGGCUAGAGGCUGCUCGCGACCUCGCAUCCAUGAGAGAAGGAAAAAACAACCAGAAUCCACCAACCAAGCAACAGCAGUCGCCCACUCCCCUAUUUGCCCCAGAUGGUCGCGUUCUUCAAAAAAAUCAAGGGAAAUGGCCAUUUCACUUCGCCAUAACUACGGAUACCAUAACUCUUCAUGUUGAGCUGUCAAAGUUUGUCGACACCAGUCUAAUCGAUGUGGAUGUGCAACCGACUUGGUUACGAAUUAGUGUCAAGGGCAAGAUUCUUCAGCUUGUUUUGGAUGAGGAAGUGCAGACGGAAAAUGUACUUUGCGAAAGGAGCAGAGUAACAGGGUGGCUGGCGGUGACGAUGGUGAAGGCGCAUGUAGACAAGACGAAGGCGGACGUGAUCGAGAUAAGGAAUAAGGAGCGUAGGAUAAAGGAGGACGAAGAGCGGCAGAAAAGAGCAUUGCAACGGAAACAAGAAACUUCAGCUGAACGAAAGAAAAAUUACCGGACUUCUUUCACUCCAACAGAAUCUGUUGAUCUUCGAAAUAUCGUGGCAGAUGCACAGACGCCGACGGCAAGCGCCAAAGCGAGUAUUUUUGAUAGAACCUUCUCCAUCAUGCCUCCUGUAGUUCCGGAUGACUUUGAGGACGACCCGUCAGUGCCGCCUUUAUGCUAGCCCAUAUAUGGUAGCACCUCUAGCUCUACGAUGUUAAUCUAUGUUUAAUGUACAUACGCAUCCGACUACUGAUCGUGACGCGGAGCUUGCGGAAUAAUUACAAUGUGAACGCCUGUAAUGGGACCUCACCCCUCCCACCAUGACAGAAGCCCCAGACCUGGUUCGGCCACCGAAACCUGAUACAGGGAACAAAUUAGCAUCUAGCAGUACAAA